UUUUUUUUUAUGAUCUAACCAAGACUUUAUCUGUACAUGAACCUUCCUUAGAACUGUAUAACAUUCAUAAUGUCCUUUAAAUCGGUAUCUUGUACUGGUAAGCGUGAAAGAAUACAAGAAACUAUCUAACUAAUAAUAAUAAUAAUAUUAUUAUUUGAUAUGUAGAAUGUCGCAAACAACAUAGAAAGUGUGUACGUCCUGUUGAUGCUGAUCCUUGUAUACGAUGUCAGCGUAUGCAACUUGUAUGUGUACUACCGUCAUCUGAACAUACGAUAGAUCCUAAUGAAGCGGUGGAUGGAACUAAGCAACUGAAGCGAAUGCGGGAGACUGUCGAUCUACUUCAACAAACUAUUCAACAAGUCGAACUGGAAAUGGAACAAUAUCGAAACAGCAACAGCUUUUGUCCUAAACCGUCAGCAAUACAAGAGAAUGUUAUGACUGCAACUUGCUGUGAUAAAUUUGUGGAUCCCGUUUGUUGGUCGGUGGACGAUUCAUUUAGCGAAAGCGAAAAUAGUUGCAGUACAGGUGGUAGCAACCAUACCAAUAUCAACGAUAUGGAAGAGGAUGAACUAGUACAAGGCAAUGAUGCUAUGGAUGAUUCUCAUGAUAGUGAUAAUACGCAACUACAACGUUUUGAUGAUCCGCAACAACAACAACAACAACAGCAACAACAACAACAAGAACAAAAACAACAACGACUUUUACUAUCGAAUGGCAAGGAAUGGAAAAUGACAUUGGUCAAUGGUCAAUGGAGAAUUGAAACUGGGAUCAAUACUAUCAGCGGACUUGAACAUCUCAGUCAAACAUUGUAUCGAGCACUAUCACCAUUUCAAAAUAUUUGUGUGGAUACACCUAUUACAAUUGCACCAUGCGAAUCUCGGACAUUGUUCCCUGUUACCAUCAAAUUAGCUCGCAAUCAUUUAUUAUAUUCAGUUAGAGCAACAUUGGAAAGUCAGCGUCUUUUCCCAACACCUUCUAUACUACUCAAUGAACCUAAAAUGGUGAUCGAUAGACUGGUUGACAUGUAUUUCGAACGUUACAAUCCUUCUAUGACCUUUGUGCACGAAUCUACUUAUCUGACUUAUUAUCAUCAAUUGAAGAAUCCUUUAAAAUGUCCGGUGACAAUGGCUCUUUGUUCUUAUGUAUGCUGCGGUCAUCAUGGAGCGACGACAACAACAGACGAUAGUAUGGAUGACGAUGACGAUUCUAUUUAUCCAUCAUGGUACGCGAGAAUGGUGGAUCGACGUGCGAUGGGCGAAUAUUUUUAUCGACAAUGCCGUGAUAUAUUGGAUGAUACUUUUGAUGACCCUCGACGACGAUUGGAAACGGUGAUGGCUAUCAACAUUCUCAAACGAUUCUUAAUGAAUACUCUUCGGGUGUCGGAAAUGCGAAAAUUGGAAACGAUGGCAUAUCUUAUCUGUCUUGAUUUAAAACCACAGUAUCAAUCCCCAGCACAAACAUCCAAGGUGGAAUGGGCGAUGUUUGCUCGACAUUUUGCAUUCUCAGUCUGGUGCCAUGUGGCAGUGGAUUUCUUUAUGGAUAGUAUUUCGCAGCAUGAUGACGUUGAUUUUAUCCAUUUGGAACCUCUUCCUGGUGAAUCCGAAUAUACUCGACAAUUCUUGUCACUGCAAAACUUAUUUUUCGACAUAUUCCUGGAUCGAUCGGUGUGUACUGUUUUUGAACAUUGUCAGAAUAUACUGUUAGGCAACGAGGUAGAGAUGACUUUGGAAAUGAUUUUACGAUUUGAACAAGUAACAAUCAAGUGGUGGCAAAACCUACCGGCAGAUUUCCAACUGUGUGAUGAUCCUUACAGUUUUGAUGCAGUUAAAGCCAUGAUUUAUCAAACUCAAGACGAUUGCAAAUUGACGUUAUUUGUCUUCUUUUUGGAUUUGAUCAUUACUUUCCAUUCAUGUCUUUUGAAGGUUCGAACCAAGGUGAUUGAUAACAACAACAUAGUAGACACUGAUAAUGAUGUUUUAUCUCUGAUGCAUGAAAAAUCCGUCAAGGUAUGCUUGGAACUCUCUGAAAUGUUAGUUUUGGUAAUAAAUCAAUUGGAUUCGAAUGUUGCAUAUACACAAUUUCUUAGUGAUGUGUUUCUAUUCGUUGCAGUGGAUGUACUUGCUUCAUUAACCUUUGAUGAAGAUAAGACGGUGGCUCUCAAGGCAAAACAAAAAUUGGCCAUGUGUUUCUCUGCAUUGGAUGCUGCUGACUUUAUGGCUGGUCAUCGUGUUCCUUUGGCAUCAUCACCUCUUACGGCUAAUCUGAUCAAUUCAAACGCUACUUUAUUCCAUUUGUAUAAUCAAUAUCCUCAACCUCGUUAUGCCCUUUUAUAUGAUAUGUGUCGUUUUCUUUCUCCUUUAGAAUCUAAUCCAUCUUCUUAUUUAUGAUAUUUAUUGUAUUAUUAUUAUUAUUAUUAUUAUUAUUAUUAUUAUUAUUAUUAUU